AUGUUGGCCACGCCCCUUGUCGCCCUGGUCGCCGCCUUGUACGCGACCUUCCUGACCAUCAACUAUUUUGUCCAAUUAUAUCAUCACCGCCGGAAUGCGAAAGCCCUGCACUGCAAGCCUUCCACCCCCGGCGACACCUCAUUAUGGGGGAUUCCGGCCUUUCUCCGCCUCACCAAAGCCGUGCGUGAGAAGCGCUGGAUCGAGCAUGUCGCGUCCCAGUACGCCGUCUACGGUUACACGUUCCACCUGCGCUUCCUCUCGCGGAGUAUGCUCUCAACCAUUGAGCCGGAGAAUGUCAAGGCAAUUCUAGCGACUCAGUUCCAGGAUUUUAGCUUGGGGACUCGCCACGAGCAGUUCUAUCCCUUCCUCGGAGACGGCAUUUUUACGCUCGAUGGUGCCGGGUGGACGCAUGCUCGUGGACUGCUGCGACCGCAGUUUACAAGAGAUCAAGUCGCAGAUCUAGCCCUUCUGGACGACCACAUUACCAACCUCAUUGAUCUGAUCCCCAAAGAUCGGAGCAGCUUCGACAUCCAGCGCCUGUUCUUCCUGUUGACCCUCGACUCGGCCACUCACUUCCUAUUCGGUGAAUCGGUUGGCUGCAUGUCUCCGCCGGGCCAGACCACUAGUGUUCUGGAGAAAUACUCUGUCGGCAAUGCCGCAGGUUUUGCGGAGGCUUUCAAUACCGCGCAAGAUUGGCUCUCCGCCCGCACGCGCGCUCAAAGUCUGUACUGGGUCGUCAACCCCAAAGAGUUUCGCGAUGCUGUUCACAAAGUGCACGAGGUCGUCGACCACUAUGUCAACAUCGCCCUUGAAUCCAAGCGUCACCCGGAAUCGAAGGAUCCCAAUGGUCGCUACAUUUUCCUCGAGGCGCUGGCUGCACAGACCGACAACCCAAAGAUGCUCCGCGACAACAUGCUCAAUAUCCUGCUUGCCGGUCGCGAUACCACCGCCAGCUUGCUGAGCUCUGUUUUCUUCUAUCUGGCACGCCACCCGAACGUCUGGAGUCGUCUCCGCCGCGAGAUUGUUGAUAUGUUCGGUGAUAGCAAGAACCCUCGGGAAAUCACUCAGACGAAGCUGAAGGAUAUUCCCUAUCUGCGAUAUGUACUGAACGAAACUCUCCGUCUCCAACCUCCCGUGCCCGCCAACUUCCGCGUCGCAACCAAGGAUACCUCCCUUCCCGUCGGAGGUGGGCCUGACCAGCGGUCUCCCAUUUAUAUCAAGAAGGGAACCAUGGUCAUGUAUAAUGUCUACGCGAUGCACCGCCGCACCGACUUCUGGGGCGCCGACGCGCGCCUCUUCCGGCCAGAGCGCUGGGAGGAGAACGCUAAGCAUGGAUGGGAGUAUUUGCCCUUCAACGGCGGGCCACGCAUCUGCCUUGGUCAGCAAUACGCCCUCACAGAAGCCAGUUACACAGUGGUCCGCCUCAUGCAGCACUUUGACUCCCUUGAAAAUGCGGAUCCGCACCCCCGCCAGGAACCUAUCAAGCAAUCGAAUUUGACGAUGAUGCAUGAUUUGGGUGUGCCCGUCAAGUUAUAUGCGUCGGAUGAGAUUUAG